UUCAUUCAUCUUCUUCCAGUCAGAGAGGUGAGUUAACGCGAAGGUUAUUUUACAUGAGGGAGGAACUGUUUGGGACCAACCCACUGCCUGUGACAAUAACUGAGAAGCAAAGACAAGGCUUUUUUGUUUAAUAGCUGCAAGGAGCUGGGCUUAUUCUUCUUCCAAACAUUACAGGAGGUGUAGCAUCAUGGGGAAACACAACAGCAAGCUGGCUCCAGAGGUCCUGGAUGACCUGACCAAGAGUACAGAAUUCAACGAGGCGGAGCUGAAGCAGUGGUACAAAGGCUUCCUGAAAGACUGUCCCUCUGGCAUCCUCAACCUGGAGGAGUUUCAGCAGCUCUACGUUAAGUUUUUCCCAUAUGGUGAUGCUUCCAAAUUCGCCCAGCAUGCGUUUCGGACAUUUGACAAGAACGGCGACGGGACCAUCGACUUCAGAGAGUUUAUCUGCGCCCUGUCCAUCACCUCCAGGGGCAGCUUUGAGCAGAAACUUAACUGGGCCUUCAACAUGUACGAUCUGGAUGGGGAUGGAAAGAUCACCCGCAUGGAGAUGCUGGAGAUCAUAGAGGCCAUCUAUAAGAUGGUGGGAACUGUGAUCAUGAUGCGAAUGAAUGAGGAUGGGUUGACUCCGCAGCAGCGUGUGGACAAGAUCUUCUCAAAGAUGGACAAGGACCACAAUGAUGAGAUCUCCCUGGAAGAGUUUAAAGAGGCCGCCAAGUCUGACCCCUCCAUCGUCCUACUGCUGCAGUGUGACAUGCAGAAGUAGAAAGAGGGUGGGUGCAGAAACUAUUAGGGUAGAGAGGGAGGGGAGGAAGAGUUGAACUUGAGUAAGGGAAGGAUGGAGGAUGAGAGAACAGAAGGGCUGAUGAUGAAAGGGAGGGAUGCAGUUUUCGGGGAAGAGGAGGAAGUAGGGAAGGUUUAUUUCCUUUAUUUGAAACAGUAAAAUGGGAUGAGGCAUGAUGGGAACACAGUUGAUCCUAUGGUUGAUGCCAUUUCUUUGCUCCAUGCCCUCCCUCUUUGACGUUCCUGUACCUCUUUUGCUUCACUAUAGCACUAUAGAGUGUUUUUACUAAUCCACUGAGAGAAUAAAAAAAUUGUGGAAAUUCUGCCAGUUAUUUUGGCACAGGCAGAAUAGAUAUUAUAGGGAUGUACAGCUAAAGGAAAUAUGGAUUUGUCAGCCCCACCUGGGCUGACUGUGUGUCUAGAUAGUAAGAUUCAGACUCUGAAGUGCACAGGAUCUUAUUUGUAAAAGAGUGAAUGGUGUCUAAACCAUCCUAUUUUUAGAGAGCUAUUUAGAAGGAUUGAUACCACUUGGUCCAAGUGGUGAGAGAUGAAGAGAAAGCUCACAAUAUUCACGGGUAAAGAAAUAUGACUACCAGCACCAGUUAAACUCACCAUUUAAGAUGUUGCCGGUUUUUGGUUGAAUCUGUUCAAUGGGAAAAGUCCAAAAACAACAGGUUACCGAUUUGAAUCAAUGUCCAGUAGUAACCUGGCCAACAAUCAGAAACAUCACCGUUGACUUACCACUAUGGAUUAGGCUGGUCAAUAAGCCCGGGUAUGUAUCAUUUCAACACUUGAGAUGAAGAGCUAAGCCAGCAGUUCCUCCUUGACUUUUACAACGCUAUAACAUGCUACGUUUCUCAGCUUCAUAAACUGAUAUGAGAGAGUUACUAAACUUUUUCCUUAAUUUCUUACUGUACUGGAAAUUCCGGCAACCAGUCUAUCAACUUUAAAACAGUUAGUAGUAAAUGAUGUGCACCACAGGUUGAAGAAAGGAAUGGCAUUAAACCAAAACAAAGGGCCUGUUGUGUUUUCUAUACGGUCCAUCUAGAGCUACCAGAGAGUAGCAAAUGCUGAAAGAGAUUAUUACAUAAACAUACAAAUCCAUAAGCUGUGUGUGGAUGUUUAUUGAUGUCCAUAUUUUUCUGAGUAUGAAUGGGAAAUGAAUGUGACAUUUUCCGAGCAAAGUACAUUUUAAUAACCCAGGCCAAACUAGAUGUAACCGCAUAUUUGUAAAGUGUGCAGUUACAUUGUUACUUUCUCAACCAUCUAUUCCACAAUAAGUUUGAGGGCACCCAGAGAGAGCAUUUGGGAUACAUUACAACACCUUGUGUCCAUGCUCUAAAUGUGAGGCAGACAGGUGAUGAAUGUCUCAGACGGCUGCCUCCAGCGGCAUGGUGAAGAAUACUGAUGAGCUGCUCAGUGACAUCUGGCUGCACCUGAAGCUUUAUCCCCACAUGCUUAGAAAUCAACAUUUUAUCCAAACAAUUAAAUGUUUAUCAUAAAAUGUAAUUCAAAUAAGUCAGAAUAAAGCUUUGUCCACUACAUUUUCAAACCUCUGCUUUUUUAGCUGAUGAACAUGUUCUCCACGUGGCUCUCUUCCUUCUUAUUUAUUCUUUUUAUGAAUGCCAGAAAUCACCACAUCAGCUUAUUUUUAAUAAAACCAUAUAUAUAUAUAUAUAUAUAUAUAUCCAUUUACUGUCAUAAUUGUAUCAACAAAUUAUUUUCCAAAUAAACAUUUUAGAAACAAGCAUAAUAUACAUAUUGUUGUGCAAGUAUCAUAUUUAAAUCCUUUUUACUUGACACUUUGAAACAUUCACGUCUUAAAGGUAUGCCUAAUAAAUAACGUUAUAAUCCAAAAAAGUACAUUUCUAUUGUUGGUACAUGUUUCAUAACCAGACAUAUGAAAAAACUAAAGUUUGAUGACCACAACAGUAUUACAGUCAUUGUCCUCAACACCAAAAUAAACAAAUAAAAUAAGCCCUGUCCUCAUUAGAAAGCAAAUCUGAAUGAACUCUAGAAAUCAUAUUGAAAGUCUAACAUAUAUAUAUGCACAAUUAGAAAUCAGGAAACAUACAGGACAUUGUAAAAUCGUCCACUUGAGCAGAGGAGGGGGCCACUAGACCAGUGUGGAGUGGGGAUAAUCAGGACAGUAAUUGCAGACCACAUGGCAGAAACGGUAUUUCUCAGAAAGGCCAACCCUGCCUCCGUGAUUCAUUUUUGUUUCACAUUGAAGGCCGAAAGGCUCGCCUCUCUUCCUCUCCCACUGUCCUGCUCUCGGCCCUUUUUCUCCUCUUCCAUCCUAAAUGUCAGAAAGGAAGUGCUUUGAUAAUAGGUGCAGGGAGAGGGAACUUCGCUGAACUCAGCUCAGAUCUAAAAUCAAUUUUAAAAAGAUCAAAAGGUUGACGAGGAAGCCUGGGUGCUGUGCUCAUCUGCUUGUGAAUAUCAAUCAUGCAUGUAAUGCAACCUGAAUCGUAAUGUUCAGUAAGUCAGUCAUUUCCUGCGUUUCCCUUCACAAAUCCAUGCAUUCCAUAGGAUCAGCAAAGCAAUUAAAAUAAAUCCCUUUCCUUUGACGGGUGCAGUGGCAGCUGCUGCAUUAUUCUGCAGGGGGUUUUAUUUAUUUAAUUAAGAUUUGAAUAGGGACAAAUAUGGAGCAAGUUAACUGCUGCCACACACUACAGCACUUUUAACCAAAGCUAGUUUGCAAUGCCCACCCCAAAGGAGGCUAACUCUCCCUCCCCCCUCAUUUUUACAAAUAGACCAGCAUGUACAUCUAAGUACGUUAGCUUGAGGCCCGCACUUAAUUGAAAUUGAUAUUAAAGGGCUGACUGAACCAGCAUCGCGCUCACGAUAAUUGUAAGUUGUGAAACAAACUUUCGUAGAUAAGUGCUUUGUUUCUUAAAGAUAGUGUCGGUAGCAUCGUUCGUUGUAAGCUUGUAAACACAAAAUUCAAACUGGGCCCCUCUAACUUGGCUAGUUACUACCAGAAUUGCUAGUUACAUCCAGCUUGGCCUGAUGACACACUGCACGCUGCCUGAGAGUAGGCCUGUUACAUUUGAUGUAAUGGAAAAGGCUAUUAUUUAGCAUGCUAGCACCAACUAACUGCCUGGGUUUGGCACCUGCCUGUCCAGCAGACAGCAAGGACAACUCUGCAUCCGUGACUAAAAGCCAACCCAAGGUUCAACCUCAUUUUGGAACAAGCUUUAUCCACCAUUCCGUGGUAUGAAUAGCGCCCAAUCACUGAAUUGUAUACUUAACUCACCUGUGUGCUGUCAUUGGCUUCUUGAAAUACACCCAGUGCCCUCCUAGAAACCUCCUGAGUUGAAGUAGAGGAAGAGAACAGGCUCUCUGCAGACACAGUUCCCCACCAUUUAAUUUCUCUUAAAUCUCAAAGACCUUUUAUUCUAUUCCACGAGUCCCACAUAAAUGAUUCAUUCCGUGUCCUCUUAGCCGACUGAAACAGUUGUCAUUGCACAUCAUUUUGCUACUUCUCGUCAAACCAGUGAAAAUGCUCCCCCCCCCCAAAGUGAAAGAACGAGCCUCCCUUGUUUGAUAAUGUAAUGAUAAAGCGACAUGUAUAAUAUGAUACGACCGUAAUCGUAUUUAUGAAUAUAAACAAAUAUACUAUGUAAAUGUAAAUGUACCACUAGCUUUAGACACACUUUCAUAAGAUGACUCAGCUACUGUGUGUGUGUGUGUGUGUGUGUGUGUGUGUGUGUGUGUGUGUGUGUGUGUGUGUGUGUGUGUGUGUGUGUGUGUGUGUGAGAGAGAGAGAGAGAGAGGAUGUAUGUGUGUGUUCUGUGUGAGAGGAUGACGGAGUGAGCCAGAGUAGAAACUGUGAGUGCUUGUGAAAAAGCUCAGUGCGUGCUGUAUAUCCGGACACUUUUGCAAGUGUUUUGUACGUGUUUGUGUUACUGUGUUUUGUAUUUGUAUCAUUUGUGUAUCAAGAGAUGCCUCAGUCUAGUUUAAGUUUGUACAAAUGUUAGAGGUAACCCUCCCACCGAAGCACUGAGUAUUAUCACCCACACCUACACUUGCUUUCGUGGUCCGCUGGUGUACAGUAGCCGAUGUACUGUCUCCAAUAUGGGAUGUGCUGUUUUGUUUGCUGUAGCCUCUUGUUGCAGUUCUACAAAUAAUAAUACUCACACACACAUAGUGAUUACUUCUGUAGGCCUCAGUCUCUGAAGUGGAGGUUGCUGACAGGUUAUGGGCAGGAGAAGCCUGAGGUCUGAGGAGAUGGGUGUCAGCGAUAAUAAUAAAUAAUAAUAGUCAAACUGUCCUGUGUCACAGUGUCACCCAGUGGUUGGAGGUAUGAAGUCACACUACUGUACAGCUCUCCUUUGCUUAUAUAAUGAUUGUGCCUCAAGAUCAAAACUGGAAAUCUUAUCUGAUGUGAAGAACUCGAUAAUCUUGUUUUGUCCGAAGAGUUUUCUGUUCCUGAAAAUAAGAGCUGGAAUCUAAAAGUGGAGUAAGAUUCAGUAAUUUUCAAAACAUUUCAAAUGAACUUUUCAGUCAUGCUGAAAACAGAACUCAAUGUUUUCACUUGUAUUUGUUGUACAGCGAACUAUUGGAAUAUUUUAACACAUUUAAAGCCCAACAUGUUUCUUCUACUGUAUGGUAUCAGUGUGUCAAAAUUAAGUUAUGCCCAGCUAUUGCUGUAUACAGCCCCCGUCUGGCUCUGUUUUCUUGCUCCACAUGUAUUUGUUAGCAGUGAGCCAUGAGCCUCCAAAAGCAAACCUACUUCACUUUCAACACAUUGGAGCAUUUAGAAGCUAAAGAGUUAAAUAUUUCUAUUAAAACAACAAAAGUCAAAUCCUUAUCUUUGAAGCUUAUGAGCUUUAAAACCUAACAGUAUGCAGGAUUGAAAAAUAAUCUUUCUUAAUUCUCCCUGUAAAAGUAUGAAAAACUACGGAAGCCCUGAGUGGACAUGCAUCAAUAUCUAUCAUUUAACUGUUUUUCUGUGGUAACAAGUAACCUCGAGGAAAAAAAUGAGUUAUUUUGGAUGACAGAAAAGCAUUGUAUAGGGCCUUGUCAGCCAGCAUAAGAUAUAUUUAUUAGAUUUAUUUUCUCCACUUGCAGAUUGUUUUGCUCCUAUUUCAGGGAAAACAGAAACACAAGAUUAAGUUUGAUAAAACCAGAACGAAUGUCUUGUAAAUUCUUUUGAGUGUAUACUUAAUCACCCCUAGAGCUCAGAGUAUUCUGUUGCCUCAUGUUACGACUAAAUGUAUUUUUUGUGACAGGCUUAAUCAUCCUUCUAAAUGUAAAGCAGUGUGCAAUUUAAAAAAAAAAAAAAAAACAUUUUGACGACAAAAGAUUGGCUCACAAAGUGGCUUCUCGGUGUGUUGGUCUUCACACUCCUCUGCUUAUUAGAUUUUUGUCCGUCCUAAUUAGCACAGGUUCAGAGCGAGGGGGCCGCUUCGGUUUUUGAAGAUUGCAAACACACAUUUUUAUUAUUUUUUUUAACUGCUUUCUCACUGAAUGUUUUUUUUCCCCCCUAAUGCAGUUUACAAUAAAUAAAUUACAUUGGCAAAAUAAAUCAUUUACUCGGUAUAAUUUCUGUGCCAAAGAUGGAGUUAUGUGGGUUGGAAGUGCUAUGGUUGAAUCAGUUGAAGUUCAAAAUGAAGAGAUACUAUGUUGAUGUCAUGUGAUGCAGUUCAUCAGCUGUCAGUCUUCAGAAAACAGACACACUGAGCUUUGUUACAUGAAUACCAACAUAGAUAUUCUUUACUUUUUGAAGGGGAUCAUUUGUGCUCAGUGGUGCAAUAUAGUUCUAUUCUUCAACAUUUUUCUCUAUGAUGUUUAUGUAAAUGUCUGCUGUCCCAGUUGAUAAUUUAGCUUUUUUUUUUUGUUUUUUGAUUUCAAUAUUAGGAUCCUAGAACAAAGACAAUGUAAUUAUUUUUGUUACAUAGAAUAAAAUUAAUUGAU